AUGGCGCCAUUGAAGACUAUUCUGGCCAUCGGGCUCGUGCCCUUGGCAUGGGCGAAAAGUGUCCACUUCGACUUGAAUCUCACUUGGCAAAAGGGAGCGCCUGAUGGCAAUGCCCGAGAAAUGAUUUUCAUGAAUGAUCAGUUCCCUGGGCCGGAACUGCGAAUUGAUCAGGGUGAUGAUGUUGAGUUUGUCGUUCACAACAACAUGCCCUUUAACACCUCCAUUCAUUUCCACGGCAUCGAGCAACAUAACACUCCGUGGUCUGAUGGUGUUCCCGGCCUGACGCAAAAGCCAAUUGAGCCCGGCCGCAGCUGGACCUACCGGUGGAAGGCUACUCAAUAUGGAACCUACUGGUACCACGCCCAUGCCCGUUCCGAAUUAGCGGACGGCCUUUAUGGUCCAAUUUGGAUCAAUCCGGGUCCCGAGACCCUUGAUCCUUUCCACCUGAUAUCGACCAAUCCCACCGACAUUGCGGCGAUGCAGAAAGCAGAGAAGAAUCCUCACCUUGUCAUGCUGUCUGAUUGGGAUCACUUGACGGCUGCGGAGUACCAAAAAGUUCAGGAGGAUUCUGGUAUCAAUAUUUUCUGCAUGGAUAGUAUUCUUAUCAACGGUCGCGGUGCUGUGUACUGUCCUGGAACUACCAACAUUUCCAGUGUAGAACUGCCCUACCUGAAGUCUGCCAUUGACAACCAGCCUUUGACGGAUAAGGGAUGUCUGCCGAACAUUUACGAAACCCAAGGUGACUUCCCUCCGACCAACGAAGCCAAAGUCCCUCAGGGUCUCAACUCUGGCUGCAAGCCCACGACCGGAUCGCACGAGAUCAUCAAAGUCAAUGCCGACCAUGGCUGGGUUAGUUUCAAGUUUAUCAGCGCUGCCGCUAUGAAGGCACUCAUGUUCUCCAUCGACGAGCACCCGAUGUAUAUCUACGAGGUGGAUGGAAGCUACAUUGAGCCACAGCUGGCUGAAAGUGUCGCUAUUUUUAAUGGAGAGCGCUAUGCGGCCAUGGUCAAGCUUGACAAGCCCUAUAAGGACUACACCAUCCGUGUCCCUGACACCCAGGGUGAUCAGGUCAUUUCUGGUUUCGCGACCAUGCGGUAUCAGGGUUCUGAUAACAUCUAUCCCUCUCAACCUUAUGUGGAUUACGGGGGCCGAAACACUUCCGCCUCAGUCAAGGCUUUGGACCAGAGAGCUAUGAAGCCCUACCCUCCGGUUACUAUCCCCAAACAUGCGGAUCAGCUUGUCAACCUGACGUUGGGCCGCUGGGGAUCUUCUUACACCUGGACUGCAUCUGGAAAUGCCCUGUACGAUGUGAUGGCAAACUGGGAUGACCCCAUUCUCUACGAUCUGGAUGCCAAAAACAACUUGGCCGACCAGGUUACCAUUCAGACCAAGAACGGCACUUGGGUCGACCUUCUUUUGCAGCUGGGUGAUAUGCCUAACACGCCCGCUAUUCAAGCCCCCCAUGUCAUGCACAAGCACUCCAACAAGGGAUUCAUUCUAGGUGUUGGACCUGGUUUCUUCCACUGGGCCAGCACCGAAGAGGCCUACGCCGAACGCCCCGAUCUAUUCCAGUUGGACAACCCUCAAAUGCGUGAUACCUUUGUUACAAUUGGCCCCACGGGUCCUACCUGGAUGAUUGUGCGAUAUCAGGUAGUGAACCCUGGCCCAUUCCUUUUCCACUGUCACAUUGAGACGCACCUUUCCAAUGGCAUGGCGGUUGCACUCCUUGACGGCGUCGAUGUAUGGCCUCAGGUGCCUGCCGGUGAGGACCAAAGUCCAGGCGCUGAUCAAGGACAGCCCCCUCACAGCAGCAUCCCUAAGCCUCAGUCCACAUCCACACCCACCUCUUCCUCGACGCCAUUGUAUACGCGGAGACCUCCGCCCAAGGCAACCCCUACAGAUGAUAAGGUGGAGCCUUACGGAGGCUCUUGGCAUGAGCCUCAACACCAUCAUUGA